UACCAUUUAGAGAUAGACUGGUGACAUGUUAUGAUCACCUCAUUCCGUUGAUUGUAAAACUCACAUUUUCGGAUUUUUUUUUAUCUUUCCACCGAACCUCUCAGAGAGACCACAGCGGGCCUUUAACGCGUCUCCAAAGAAGCGCAGAAUAGAAAAGCCUCUUCUAUGAUGCUUAAAAGAGGGAGAAACACUGAAGGGAUGCAUGAACGUUGCAGCGCCGCUGACAUCGUGACAACACCAGCGCUGUCUGUGAAUCCGUGCGCCUCGCUCUCCUGAUUGUGUAAUACAGGAUUUUUUUUCUUCCUGCAAAGCGGCCAAACCUGCAUCCGCGAGCGCAAGGAGAGAAAAGGGAGCAGAGGAAGAGGAGGAGGAGGGGAAAUCAGGGGCAUUGCAACGUUCAUCCGAUCUCAUUUUCUCCUUAUUACAUGGCGCAAGGGCUACUACACCAGCGGGACUGUCCUGGUGUCAAACUGCCACGGUGAAUUUGGAUAUUCAAGCAGCAGCGGCAGCAGCGGCAGCAGCGGCAGCAGCGGCAGCAGCGGCAGCAUUAGCACCAUCCUCCUCCUCCAUCCUCUGCUGCGGCGGCGCCCACACCGACUCUUCGUCCUCCUCCUGCCGGCUUCAUGUCGAGUGAUGGUCGCUUUGCCUUGCUUGAUGCUCUCCGCUCUCUCCGGAUCGUCGAUGACAGAGCCUCCUCUCACUGCAGACCCCCAUUUUCGGCGGAAACCUGCCCAGAAGUAUAGAGCUCCAUAUGGAAACUGGGGAUCAAAAUUUUAGGAAAAGGGAAAAUCUAAGCGGUCAAUUUUUUUGAUUUGUUUAUUUAUAUAGUUGUUAUUUUGAGCGGUCUGCAUGUUGCUUUGGAGAGAUUUUACAUCUAGAUAAUUUAUUUGAUGAUUCAGCCUUGAUUUCCUCGUUGCACUGGGUUGAUUUGUGAAAUCCAGCAUUAAGAUUUUUGCUUUCACCUCAUAUUCAGGGCUGUUGCAAAAUCCUCCUUACAGAACUCAAACCGGCAAACACUUUUCUAAUAGGAUGAUAGAUUUAAUCGUUGUUUGUCUCCCCAGUUUAUUUCAAUCAAAUUCCUAACUAACAGACCCCUCUAGAGUAAUAAUUACCUAAUAUAUUCAUCUUUAGAUUAGCUUUGGAUAGUAACCGCAGCUAUAUAGUGUCUGAUUAAAGUAAUAUUGAACUGUUGUACUGUUAACCUGCCAUUACUCCACCACCCUUCAGUCAUCCCUCUGCUCCAUCUGGGCUCAUGUAAACCCACUUCUGUGUACAGCUCGAUCCUUUAACAAGCAGGUUGUAUUUCCGAAGACCUGCAGAGUCUAGACCGCAUUUUUUUAUGCCAGGAGUUACUUCAUCUUUGAUAGCUCUGUGCUAUUAUCCACAUUUGUAGCCUUUUUGCUGCAAGUGUUGGCUACAUCUGCAGCCAAAGGCCUGCCAGAAAUCCCCUGCAUCACUGUUUUCCUCUUUUUUUGUGUGUGUGCAAAAGUGAAAUCUAUAAAGAGGAGACACAUCUCAGCUUUGUUCUCUCCUCCAUCUAAACAAAUCCCCAAUUUUUUCUCUUGUUGUGGUCCUCACCCAAACGCAACCAUAAGGUUCCUACCGCAACCUCCUUCUCCUUCCUCCCUCUCCUUCAGCACGAGUAUAUCCCGGUUUUUCAGUUUGGUUUGGUCCCGCAAAUUUUCAAAUAUUUACUUCCUAUACAUCAAGAGGAAAGGGGGUCCCCCUUUCAUGGAAUGCGGAAACAUGGGUCUGUUCGACCGCGGAGUCCAGAUGCUGCUGACCACGGUGGGCGCCUUCGCGGCCUUCAGCCUCAUGACCAUCGCGGUCGGUACGGACUACUGGCUGUACUCCCGUGGCGUCUGCAAAACCAAGUCCAUGAACGAGAACGAGACCAGCAAGAAGAACGAGGAGGUGAUGACCCACUCGGGGCUGUGGAGGACGUGCUGCUUGGAAGGAAACUUCAAAGGGAUGUGUAAACAGAUAGACCACUUUCCAGAGGAAAUGGAUUAUGAAGCAGACCCAUCUGAAUACUUCUUACGUGCGGUGCGAGCCUCCAGCAUCUUCCCCAUCCUCAGUGUCAUCCUACUUUUUAUGGGAGGCUUGUGUAUAGCUGCCAGUGAGUUCUACAAGUCACGCCACAACAUCAUCCUCAGUGCAGGGAUCUUCUUUGUGUCUGCAGGUCUGAGCAACAUUAUCGGGAUCAUCGUGUACAUAUCAGCCAACGCGGGGGACCCUUCAAAAAGCGACUCAAAGAAAAAUAGCUAUUCAUAUGGCUGGUCCUUCUAUUUUGGUGCCCUAUCUUUCAUCAUGGCUGAGAUGGUGGGCGUCUUGGCCGUGCACAUGUUCAUCGACCGCCAUCGACAGCUGCGAAUAGGGGCACGCGCAGCCGACUACCUCCAAGGCUCGGCCAUAACGCGGAUCCCCAGCUACCGCUAUCGCUACAGGCGCCGUUCGCGGUCCUCUUCCCGAUCCACAGACCCAUCACAUUCCCGCGACACCUCACCAGUGGGCCUCAAGGGCUUUAGUGCGCUUCCAUCCACAGAGAUCUCUAUGUACACACUCCCCCGGGACACCCUCAAGUCGUCUGGAACGCCCACCGCCACCUACAACUCUGAGAGGGACCACAACUUCCUUCAAGUCCACAACUGUAUCCAGAAGGACAUGAAAGACUCGAGCCACACCAACACAGCGAACCGUCGCACCACGCCUGUAUGAGAAAGUUUACACAGGCCUGUAAGCCAACCAGAGAUCAGGAGACCCAGGAACCCCGUGUGCGCUGUACACUCCUGGAGAAGUUGGAUUUCCAUGGUUAUAAGCAUUUGUUUGUUUGUUUGUUUAUUGUUCAGCUGCAUGACUUUUUUCAUAACCAUCGCUGAGAAGGCGUUUCAUCGAGUCUACUGUGUUCCUGGAUUGAACGACAGAAAAGUGAGCAUGGGUCAGGUUCUCCAGAGAAAGUGAGAUCUGUCAUUGUUGGGACAGGAUUUGAUUAGGAGGAUCAGGGCUCUGAAGGGGGAGGGGCAUUAAUGAGACUCGGAAUCAGUUCCAUGAUUUCAUUGCCCUUUUGUUUGACAAUUUUGCCCCACAACAUUGGUUGGAGGAACAGGUCAAGCUCCCCUUUAGCCAACCCACCACUCUAAACCUUUUUGUUUUAUUGACUCGUCUGUUUGUUUGUUUGUUUGUUUGUUUUUUGCAUUAAAACUGUGAAUUGUUACAGCUUGGGAUUCAGUAUGAAGUACCCCAAUCUGUAAUCUCUAACAAAGGUACUACAUAUAUAUAUAUAUAUAUAUAUAUAUAUAUAUAUAUAUAUAUAUAUAUAUAUAUAUAUAUAUAUAUAAACUUUUAUAAAUAAAAUUAUUACAUUAAUAAGACUUUACUAAAGCAAAAAAAGAACAAAACUCUACCAAGUGCUGCCGACAACGGGAGAAAAGACAUUUCUGAUCUCUAAAUUUGAAGGUCAAGAACUAGCGUAGGUUCUUCAGGUAGCAGCAUUACAGCAGCUGACAGUCAACAGUAGAGUAAUAUUUAUUCUCUCAAUAGAACCUUCUCGCCUUUUUCUAAGUCUCUGUUCUCUUUCUUUUUGAGGGGUGGAGUUGUAGAACCCCUCAACAGAACCCGGCAAAGACCCCAAACAGGAUUCUGCCAAACAAAAAGAAAGAAGCAGAGUGGAAGAAAAAGAAGAGGAUGCCAGACACAAAACUAAAAACAAGAUAAAUAUCAAAUAGAACAAGAAAAGCUAAAUGACUCAGUUUCAGAAAUUUAGUGCAUGCUAUAAAAUUACAGCAGAUCUGCUCUUGAGAGCUUAAGUUUUAAAGGUUAAUAAUUAUAAGGGGAAAAGGCGCUAGUUUAAAGUAUUAAUGUCUUUGUGUUUUUUUUUUCCCUUUUCUUUUUUAGCAGAAUUUUUCUCUUUGCAUUUGUGAGCCAAACCAAACUAUUUACAUGGAACAAAACAGCUUUUUUAAAUGGUUUGGUUGAUUCAUUCAUAAAUAUAUAAAACUAUGUCUGUAUGUGUUUUAUUUUGUUUUUUAAAAACUCACACAGCCUUAGUCAUCUCUUUUGUUUCUUUUGAUUUCUAAUGUGUUGUUCAAAUCGAAAAUGAAAUCUUAAAAGGUGCCAAAACCGAAUGAUCCUACACUUGGAUGCAUCAAGUCCUGAUGAAUAAAAUACAAACCCAAGGGGGAACAAAUCA